CUUCAACUCAGAACACUAGCUGCUGAGACUGCAAGAAGAUGAUGGCACUAAACAGAGCUCUGAUUCUGGGGGUCCUUGCCCUGACCACGAUGAGCCCCUGUGGAAGUGAAGACAUUGUGGCUGACCAUGUUGCCUCCUAUGGCACAAAUGUCUACCAUUCUUAUGGACCCUCUGGCCAGUACACCCAUGAGUUUGAUGGAGACGAGGAAUUCUACGUGGAUCUGGAGAAGAAGGAAACAGUCUGGAAGCUGCCUGUGUUUAGCCAAUUCACAAGUUUUGACCCACAGAUUGCACUGAGAAACAUAAAUGUCGCAAAAUUCAACUUAGAUCUUCUGAUUAAAUACUCCAAUCAAACUGCUGCUACCAAUAAGGUUCCUGAGGUGACUGUGUUCCCCAAGUUUCCUGUGAUGCUGGGUGAGGCCAACAUCCUCAUCUGUCUUGUGGACAACAUCUUCCCUCCUGUGAUCAACAUUACAUGGUUGAAAAAUAAGCAACCAGUCAUGGAAGGUGUUGCUGAAACCAGCUUCCACCCCAAUAAUGAUCACUCCUUCUCUAAGAUGAGUUACCUCACCUUUCUCCCUUCUGCUGAUGAUAUUUAUGACUGCAAGAUAGAGCACUGGGGCCUGGAUGAGCCACUUCUGAAACACUGGGAAGCUGAGAUUCCAACUCCCAUGUCAGAGUUGACAGAAACUGUGGUCUGUGCUCUGGGAUUGGCUCUGGGCCUUGUGGGCAUCAUGGUGGGCACUGUCUUCAUUAUCCAAGGCCUGCGUUCAAGUGCCACCUCCAGACACCAAGGGCCUUUGUAAAUCACAUCAUGGAAGAAAAGGCCUGAUAAUCUCCAAGAGUGGAAGAGUGGAAACGCUAGAUGACCUAGUUCUACUUUAUUUUUCACUUCAAAAAAAGUAUUCAAAAAUACUUACUUAGCAUGUUUCCUUAGUUGCUUACUCCAACACCUCUUCUCUCAACUCUUCGGUAUUUAAAGUGCUCUAUUAGCCAAAAACUCACAUGAUCUUUAUAGUUUUCACCACCUCUUGAGUUUUUCACUCAUUUGUUACCUAUUAUAGAAUCACUUGGAUUUUCUACUGAACUCCCUAAUUCUACAUUUGCUAUGAUAUCUCCAUGGAAGCAA